ACUCACUAAACCUAUCAGUCGUGAUCAGCACACCUACUAUUAUUAGCCACCCUAGCCUAGCCCAGUUAUUUAAUUGAUGAAUGCUAGCUGUAGCUUGUUAACCCAUAGUUCGUAAAGUGUUUUAUUACAAAGUGUUUAAAAUCGACAUGCCUCAACGUGGCAAGUCCCUUCCGCUCUUGUUUGGUUUUUUAUGUUUAUCACCGUGAUGUUGUCAAAAAUGGCGGCAAAAUUACGUUGGCAGCCAUUCAAUCUUCCUCGCAGAUGUAAUGCUAUGAUUGGCAACAGAUGUAGAUGGUAUGACAAACACUUUAAAAUGGGUCAACAUCAUGUUUUACGCCCUGUGCACCUGGCCUCUGACUGACCAACAUAUGUUCCCUUUUAUUGUCUUUUGUAGUGUAAAUUCAUAACGGGUCGCCGUCGCGUCAUACCAUCCGUUCAACCCAAAGUGACUUGCAUUUUCCCCUUUAAAAAUAUAUUUUGCCUGCGAAUUUGUGUUGUGCUUCAAGAAAGCUUCAUGCCCGGCAGCAAAUGUGUUACAUGCAUAUAUGGUGCUGAAACAUACGUCAGUAUGGUAACGGUAGUCGUUUGAGUUCUAUCUAGCUCAGACCAGUGCAGAUAUUUUGAGUAUGGAUGGAGAUUGUUCCAAGACUUCUAUGAAGUCCGACACCGAUCAAAAGCUGGACAUGGAAAAGACAGAAAUUGAGAAGAAAGAGGGAUUAGCAUUGCUGAUUUACGAUUUAAAACAACGCAAAUUAAUCCCCAUCAAAAUCCUUAGCCUGAUAGUUUUUUCUGGUUAUGGCGUGCUGUUGCCCUACGCCGCAAUUCACAUGAAAUCUUUGGGGAUCAGCGUUGAAGAAACUGGCGCCAUUUACAGCGUAAAUGGCGUUCUGAGUGUAUUGAUCCCCAUCUGCACUGGCAUGAUCGCCGAUAAAUUGGGAAAUUUUAAGAUGCUUUUGAGCGUAUUGUUCGGAUGUGCCAGCAUUACUUCGCUUAUGUUCCUGCUUGUUCCAGUCGGAAGGAUUUCGGUGGAUUACCCGACUAACAUGUCGAUGGCACUCGGCUGCUUCAACGAGAACUCGACACUUACACUGACAGACCUUGAUUUACAUCCAUGCAAAUUCAAACUAAACGAAGACUCCGAAAACAAUGUUAUUAAUGUGUCUGCGACAAUAGGAGAAUGUGGCAGCGUUUGUUACCACAGCGAAAAAUCUGACACUGAAGCCACCCUAGAAACAGCUUCUUCUUUUGUAAGUGAUACCAAUUUAGAUGACUCGGUCGGCAAAGAAUUUCUUGAUGCUGUUUUCUUCCCAAACGACUGGGAUUUGGAGAUGUCCUGCUUGCAAAAUUUGAAUGGAAGAAGUAACUGUCAGUUAGGUCGCAAAAUUGGUGCUGUUUCAAGAAAGGAAAAAAACGCGACUCUUGCAUUGCAAUUAUUUCAGAACGACUACAACAUUAAAACUGGAGUAAUCCCUGUUUUGUGGAUGGCUUUAGAAGACGAAUCCGAGUUUGAUCAGAAGUCUAGCGACUUCCAAUGUAGCACUUAUGACGAAAAACUGAAACUCCUUCAGACUGUGUAUUCUCAAGAAAAUCAAACGGAAAACUACCCGACAACCCACUACCGUACGUGUCGCUCUCAGUGCGUCGUUCAGAUCAACCGCUCCGACCUUUGUUCUGAUAAAGUCCGUGAAGAUGUCGUCAAUCCUCAGCUCACGUUCUGUAUAUACCUAUUACUUGGUUUCGUCUUUCAAGUGUUCGUCGUAGGAUCUGCCACUUUAUUCGAUGGAGCAGCUUUGGUUUUAGUCAACGAAGUCCGUGGUGACUUUGGCUUCCAGAAAAUGUUUGGGUUAAUCGGAAUUUCAAUAUUUUCACCGAUUUCUGGAGCCCUUAUGGAUUAUUUUAAUACAAAUGAAAAUGAUAAAAAUUUUCGGCCGGCGUUCUUUCUAUUUGCUGGUUUAUUUGGUAUUGCAGCUGUUGGAAUGUUAACGAUUGACCUCAAUUUUAAACCUCCAGCGGAAAAGCUGAUGAAAAAUGUGAUAUCUCUGCUGAAAAACGUCGAGCUGGACGUUCUACUUGCCGUUUGCUUUAUCUCAGGAAUGUUGACGGGGUGCACGGGAAGUUACUUCUUCUUAUUCUUGGAAGAAAUUGGUGGGUCCAGGUCUUUAAUGGGACUGACGCUUACCGUCUCUUGUCUUACAGGAAUUCCAUUGCUUCUCUUAUCGGAUACCAUUUUUCGUAAAUUUAGUAUUCCCAACGUCCUUGUCUUUAGCCUUUUUACAUUCGUCGUACGUUUGGUAGGAUAUUCGUAUAUCUACAACCCAAACUUGUGUCUCGUAUACGAGGCUAUGGAAGCCAUUACUGGUAUUCUACCAAUGACAUCUUUUAUGAUCUAUGCAACCCAAUUGGGGACUACGUCCACUGCGACUUCCAUUCAAGGAUUGAUUUCAGCGACGUACAUCGGACUAGGGGCUGGAAUUGGAAGCUCGGUCGGCGGAGCCCUGAUCGGAGCGUUCGGCCAGCGAGUAGUUUUCCGCAUUUUGGGAGUCGUCGCUUUCCUCACUGGAUUCCUCUACUUCCUCUUUAAUAUUUUUUACUUGCGUCCAAAGGCCAAUGAAAAAAAUAACACUACCAUUGACAAGACUGAUUCAAGUGUAAACGGGAAGGUCGAAGAAAUUCAGUGACAUUCAACGUCUGUUUAGCGCGUUUAGUCUUAUUUUAGCCAACAUCAUCUUAAGUGAACUUCCUUCCUAUAUGCCAUUAACUCGGUCGUUUUGAGACUUAACUAACUUUUUUUUGCUAAUCAAUUUUAGCUUAUUUACAGAUAAAGCCAUAUUAAAAAUUUUAAAGACUAAAAGAAUUUGUUAUUGUCAUAAUUUGGAUAAAUCAAUAUAAAAGAAGCUUUCAUGUCAGUAUUUUAACUUUUUUUCUACCCUUUUGGCCACGAGGGAAACAUCGCGUCGUUUCCAUCUUCUAGGAUCCAUCAGUUUAACUGGACUUCCCUGAAUCGGACAACCCUUCAAUUAGGUAGCUUUAUUUAUCAUUGAUGAAGAAAAUCCAUAUGUGCGAACGAGGACAAAGAAUGGGUUACAAAAGCCAUCGGCAGAAGUAGAGCAACAGAAACUUUUGAAUCCAAUUUCCUGCUGCAUUGGUAUAGUUUAGUAUUUAAAAAGUAAAUUUCACGAAUCUU